CAGGAUCUGCCGGUGGUGGCCGGGCUGAGCUACACUGCCUUGCGCGUGAGUGCGACGGCCAACGACUUCAGCGCCGCACUGCUGACGCCGAUGCUGCGGAUUGUCCAGGUCGAUACACAGCCUUCCUUCGGGGGAUGUGCGAGCAACGGCUACAUCCGUCCAGGAGGGCUUGGGUUUCAAGACCAGGCCAUUCCAUUGACGGUGGACUCUGGGGAUCUCUUGUCCUCGAACUUGGUCUUCAUGACAGGAGGCAUUUAUCGCCUUUGCUACUCAGCGGAUGGAGCCUUCUCGAGUGAUAGCUCCUUGCUGCCAGUGCCCUUUGAGCUCCGUGUGCAGGGCGCUCGCCGGCAUUGCGGCUUCGAUCGGUGCUUGGAGGAGUUCCCCUGGAGAUGUUUCAUCUACGGCGAUGCCGCCGCGCCGCACGGAAGCUGUACCGUGCGGGUGGAUGCGUUGGAGCUCUUUUCGGCCAACUUGGCACGUCUCAGCUGGGGCCCUUCCUCUGACGGCACAUGGGCCUGUGGUGCUGACGAUGGUGGAAAUAGCAGCCAUCUUUCUCUGCUCCCUGCAGCACCGUUGGCCGUGGGACCUCUUGAAGUCUCCUCAGGCAGUCAAGGUCGAGAAUUCCAUCUCCAAGCCCUGGCGGGUACAGCCUUCAGCGUGCAGACGUGCCUUUGUCCAGGCUACGAUGCAGGGAACGGCCUCGUGUGCGACCAGCCGGAGGAUUUCGUGCAGCUCUUGGGCAAGGCCAUUUUCUUCCAGUCGCGCAGCUGCAGCGACGGGCUGUGCACCAGCGAAUACGUGGAUGGUGUCGCGGCGAGCUCGGCCUUUACCCUGCGAGUGGACUGUGGAGGUCUUGGCCUUUGUAGCACCGCUGGAAGUCGCUUGAAGAUCAUCGAUGCGAAUCCGUUGAGCAACGAUUUGCCCUCCUGGCACCAGUCGGCCGGGUGUCGUUUGGCCUUGCAAUCCUCCUCCCAUUGGCGGAGCGGAAGCUCAGAUCUUUCCUCGAGCGAUGGAAGAAACGUAGGUCAACGGUGAACGCGCCAAAAACGAUGAGCCGCCAAAUCGCGGCGCACAGAGCAGAGACCUGGAAUCUUGGGGAGGUGGUCGUGUCCAGUGUGGCAUGGGUUGUGUGGAUGUGGCAUGGAGUGAGGAUGGGAGCGGAUGGCACAUGAGGGCACAUGUGGUUGGAGUGUGUUCUCAGUUUUCUUCAGAAAAGGCUCCAAAGAUCUGAGCAGCAAGCAAAAAAAGUCCAUGGCAAGCUCAGGGUUUCCUUUGUGCUCGCAGUUGGGUGACAAAGAAUCACAAAUACACAAAAAGAGCAAUUAAACAAUAUGAAACAUGAAAAUAGCAUGGUAAGUAAGAACUACUCAAGUUGUAGAGUGAAUGUGCUUAAAAGUAUACACGGGUGUGUAUUUUUAUAAGGGGACCCCCAACCAACGGGCUUUGCGGCUUUGCUUCUUGUCUCAGCUCGUUUUGAGCUGUCUGAACCUCCCCAGCAUAGCGUGAGAGGUGCAGGAGGGUCGAAAGAGCAUUCCUAUAAUUCAGGCUCCACCUACAGCGCCCGGAGGAAAAGGGAACCAAGCCUUGGCCAGUGUGUGCAUGUUCCCUCCAGGUGGAUGGAGGUAGCGCCACAGCUGUUGAAAGGUCGUGUACGGCAAGACUGGACGGCACGGAAGGCCGAGAAAACACCGUUUGUAGCCAAGAAGGUGAAGCGAGUCACAUCGAUCGACCCAAGGCCCAGGGAAGGCAGCAGGGGUUACACCUUGAAUCCACUUCCAAACCAUACGCCGGGUGCGCGCUUGCGCACCCAAGCCAGUGGGUGUAAUGUCAGCCAGGACGUUCGGAUCCCGCAGAGCCCAUGUCAGCGGUUUCUUACAGAUGCGUACAGGGACCGAGUUGCC